CACACAUGUCGCCACCACGACGACAACAUGAGAAUUACACCUAUUCACGUAUUGUUGGUCCUGGCGGCUGCCUCUGUCCCGGCCCUCUGUGGCUCAGAGGAGCCCGAGGCCCCGGUGGAGACCCGCUCCCGCUUUGCCGCUCUGGACGAUGUGCGCCUCCUGGCAAACGGCCUCCUCCAGCUGGGUCAGAGCCUGCGGGAGUUUGUUCAGAAGACAAAAGGACAGAUAAACGACAUCCUCCAGAAGAUCAACAUCUUUGACCGCUCGUUUUACCAGCUCUCAGUGCUUGCCAAUGAAAUUAAAGAGGAAGAAGAGGAACUGAAGAAAACUACGGUGGUGCUGAAAGCCAACAACGAUGAGAUCAAGGGCCUGUCUGUCGAGAUCAACUCCAAAGUGGACAACAUCCUGCAGGAGAAGAGCCGGCUGCAGGACAAGGUGGAGGGACUGGAAGAGAGGCUGAGCAGCCUGUCGCACGGCCUGCUGACAGGAGAACAAGUGGCAGAGAUCAACGGCCUCAGGGAGGUGAUCCACAGCCAGGAGCGGAGCAUCACAGAGCUGCUGAAGGCUGUGGGGGAGCAGAGCGAUCAGCUCAACCACCAGAGGGUUAAGCUCAAGACUCUGGAGGAAAAGUUUACAGUCAACACAUUGGCCCAGGAGACCAUUGAGAGGAUGCCUGAAACCUACAACAAUGAAGCACCAACACUCACCCCUUAUUUGACCUCAAACUUUAACAACGGCAUGACGAACCUGCCAUUGGACUGCAGUGACCUGUUCAACAAAGGGGAACGAGUCAGUGGCCUCUAUGUCAUCAGACCCACCGGAGCGGAGCCCUUUAUGGCUUUUUGUGACAUGAGCAAAGAUCACGGAGCCACAGUCAUUCAGCGAAGAAACGACGGCUCAGUAAAUUUCGAUCAAAUCUGGGAGAAGUAUGAAAAUGGGUUUGGAGAUUUUCAAGGGGAGUUUUGGCUCGGUCUCAGAAAGAUCCACUCUCUGGCCGCUCAGGGAAACUCCGUCCUUCACAUCGAGCUGGAAGACUGGAAACAGGACAGGCGCUUCAUAGAAUACAGAUUCAACCUUAAUGGUCCUGAGAGCAACUACACCAUUCACCUCACGCAUCUGUCUGGAGAGGUGCCGGACCCCAUGAGCAACCACUCUGGCAUGAUGUUCUCCACCAAGGACAGGGACAAUGACAACCUCCAGGGCUUCAACUGUGCCCAAGACUACACAGAGACCAUACUUUUGAUCCUGUGGAUUACUUUUGCCUUCUGCGGACCAUGUCUGGCCAUACAACUUUUCAAAACACACCUGAGCCACAACACGAACAGGUACGGCGAGGAGCCCCGGCCUCUACGCUGCAACAGCCGCGAGGCUAUGCUGGAGCUACAAUGCGAUCGGCCUCCUACGAAUACACCAAGCCACCUGUGUUCUUCGUUAUUGGAUGACAUCCCUCGGGAGCUGCUUAGACACAUCAGGAAAAAGAGACGAGGAAGGAGGGGAGGCGUUCGGAAUCGCCUACGGCGGAGAUUCAGCCGGCCACCACUUCCAUCCAUCAUUCUCACAAACCUGCGCUCAUUGAGCAACAAAGUGGACACACUAAGGACAUACACAAGCGGCAGAGCGUCACUGGCGGCCGGCUCCAUCGCUGACUGUGUUCACGAGCUGCAACUCAGCCACCCCGAUGCACCGGCAAUAGUGCUCGGGGACAUGAACCAAUGUCGCCUAGAGACUGUGUUACCUGGGUUCCAACA